CUGCUAUACUCAGAAAAGCAGAGGGCUGGACGACUGGCCUCAGGAGCAGGCAGUGCUAACACGGGGAGGCUGGGGCUCUGGGUAGAAGAAAAGUCACAUGUCACAGAAUGAUGUCUUCUGGGAAGAAGCGAGCUAAAAGUGGGGUCACAGUCACCCUUGAGGACCCACACCCUGAAGAGCCCAUGGAGCAGCAGGAUUCACCCAAUGAGAGGAGCCCCCAAAGUCCAGGAGGCAGCAUAUGCCACCCUGGAGCCCUGCAGUGCACCCGCUGCCUCAUCACCUUCGCAGAUUCCAAGUUCCAGGAGCGUCACAUGAAGCGGGAGCACCCAGCUGACUUCGUGGCCCAGAAGCUGCAGGGGGCACUCUUCAUCUGCUUCACCUGUGCCUCCUCCUUCCCCUCCUCCAAGGCCCUGAUUGCCCACCAGCGAAGCCACGGUCCAGCCACCAGGCCCUCCCCGCCGGUUGCACUCACCACUGGCCAGGCCACCUUCCCUUGUCCAGACUGUGGCAAAAUCUUUGGGCAGGCUGCUUCUCUGAAGCGGCACCGCCAGAUGCACGAGGCCCGCGCCCCUCCUGGCACCUUCGCCUGCACCGAGUGUGGUCAGGACUUUGCACAGGAAGCAAGGUUGCAUCAACACUACAUUCGGCAUGCCCGGGGAGAGCUCUGAGUGCAGCAUAACCCCCUCUCUGGUGAUAGGGGACUCUGUAGUGGGCAGGACCUACUAUGAUAUGGGGCACAGGAACUCUUGGGGCCUUGGAGAGAUUUGCUUCACUCCUUGGGCAGGCAGAAGGCUCCUUGUUAAGUAGGACCCAGAAGAUUUUUA